AUGAAGUUAUUACUUAUCUUCCUCUUUGGUGAGUUCAAAUUAUAUCUGAAGAUCAUGAUGAAAAAUUUGUGGCAUCUCCUGAUGUGAUGUGUAGACUUUAACAUCAACUCUUUCACUUUAUUUUCAUUUGAAUUCAAGGUUGCAUCUUGACUGGGACCACCUUUGGCUGGACAUACCAUUACUCCACCCGCACUAUGAACUGGACCCAGGCCCGGGAGUGGUGCAAGACGCAGUACACAGACAUGGUGGUCAUACAAAACCAGGAGGAGAAUAUCUAUCUGGUUUCAAAGCUGAAAAACAGAGAUAGGGCGCCAUAUUAUUGGAUCGGGAUCACAAAGCAACACAAAAAUGAAACCUGGACCUGGAUUGGGAAUAACAGCACCUGGGUUGGUGAAGAGUCUUGGGCAGCCAAUGAACCCAACAACAACCACAGCAAUGAGUUUUGUGUGGAAAUCUACGUGAACAAUGGAGCAAACCGAGGGAAAUGGAAUGAUGAGAAAUGUUCAAACAGCAAAUAUGUCGCUUGUUACAAAGGUAUUUUAGAGAAAUGUUAUUCUUAAAACUUGUUGCAGCUUUAAAUUAGGUACAAACUGGUUAGUGUUACAUUUUUCCUUCACAGCUCAAUGUGAUGAAACAUCGUGUGAUAAUGGAAGAUGCCAUGAAACCAUAGAAAACACCACCUGCCUUUGUGACCCUGGCUUUGAGGGGGACCGGUGCCAAACAGGUCAGUUAAUAACUCUCUCAUAUUAAAAACUGUUUGUGGUCGCUGAAGGUUUUACAGCAAUAAUAGUAAUGAAUUAGACAAUAAAAAUUCUCCAAUCAGUAUCAUUUUUAACUUUUCUGCUUGUCUAAGCAACCAGCUUUGUCCUGUUCAUUUAGUUUUAGUUUGUUAAAGCAGUUUGUCACGAUUUUACAUUUAUGUGAAGAGGCCUGUUUGCUGACGAAGUUACUGUAGCAGCUGAAGGUUUAAGGUCAGCAUGUGGUAGUCUAUCUGGAAAAUAAAAUGCAUCAUUACAAAUGGUUUAAUUUUGUCAUAAGAGACUAAGUUUUUCUCAAGAAGCCUAUCACUUUUCUUCUCCUGUCGAUGUUAUUCCAAAGAAUGUCUUAGUCACAGAUAACCGAGUCCCACUGAAUUUCUUUAAAAUAUGACAUUUAAUUUGUAGGUCUGAUGUUUUGCAUCGUUAUCACAAGCCUUGCAUCUGCUUCCUCUUUUUCCUGAGGCCAAGCUAAGGAUUAUAUUUAAAACACACAUCAAAACACUUGCAUCAGCAUGUGUUAGCUGUCCUCUUCUCAUAACAGACAGCUUAAAGUUUGAGGUUACACAACUGCACCCUUUGUUAAGUUUUGACCUCUUUGUUCCCCCCAGCUGUACAGUGCCCCCCUCUGUCUGAUCCUGAUAACGGAUACCUGAGCUGCUCUGGAGGAAACCUGACAUUCAACUCAACUUGCCAAUUUAAAUGCCACGUAGGCUUCUUCAUGACGGGACCAUCAACUAUCACCUGUGGGGUCAAUGGGCUCUGGAGUGGCCCCGGACCUACAUGUGAAAGAAAAUUAGAGGGUCAAAUAAAAUUUUUUAAUCAAAAUAAGAUUUUAAAGCAUUAAAAUCCACGCUAAGGAUUAUAUUUAAAACACUCAUCAAAACAACCUUCCUCCUGUGUUAGCUUUAACUACGCACCCACUAGGGUCGGUUUUGACCCGUGUUUUAAAUCAGCUGCAAAUUACACUAAAAACAAUUCUCUAACAUCCAAUCUGGUUCUCAUCUCUUGGUUACCUUGUUAGGCUUUAUUAUCCAUGAAAAUAUUGCUUAUCAUAUUUUUUUGUUGUGGGGCUCUGGGCCUUUCUUUGUCAGUAUACCCCUCAUGCAGACAUCUAUACUGAACUGAUCUUACAUGUCUGGACAUGUUGGACAUUGUUUUUUUGUGCAGGGAAAAAAACUGGCAAAAUGAGAAUUUCCUAAAUCUCACAUGAUUAGAAGAAGAUCUGACUGUCAGUGUGGUGCCUGGCAGCCACUUAUGAUUUUAAUUAUUAGAUAUUGAUCUACCCGUGUCAACAGCAACCCUAACAUGAUAAGUGCCAUAAUUUUAAGAACAGCAUUUUAUAAUUUACUCAAUUUAUUUUUUUUAUUUUUUUUAUUUUGUUGGAAUAGAUGUUACUGACAAAGUCAAAAAGUCUUGAUGCGAAAAAGCUAAUCUAUCUGGUUCUUUUAAGCAUUUAAAAACAAAGACAGGUUUGUUGCAGACCCUAACGCAGGAGGUGGGUUAAGUUUGAGGUUACACAACUGCACCCUGAGUUAAAUUUUGACCUCUUUGUUCCCCCCAGAUGUGCAGUGCCCCCCUCUGUCUGAUCCUGAUAACGGAUACCUGAGCUGCUCUGGAGGAAACCUGACAUUCAACUCAACUUGCCAGUUUAAAUGCCACGUAGGCUUCUUCAUGACGGGACCAUCAGCUAUCACCUGUGGGGUCACUGGGCUCUGGAGUGGCCCCAGACCUACUUGUGCAAGUAAGUGAGAGAGUUAAAGAAAUUUUUUAAUUAAAAUAUGAUUUCAAAGCAUUAAUUAUAUUUUUGUUUGUAAAUAUAAUAAUUAUGAAUCAUUUUAGGUUACAAACAAGCUCUGAUGGCGGUGGCUGGGUGUGGAGCCCUCUCAGCUCUCUGCUGUAUCUGCUUGUGUGGAUUGAAACGCAGAAACAGUCAGUAUUUCACAAUUUGGUUGUGAAAGUGAUGCAAACAACAGACUCGUAUAGUAAUCUAUUUCUCUCUCAAUUCUCACAGGGAAGAAACUUGCACAAGAAAGGUCAGUGUUGAAAUAUACUCGUUUGAGGCAGCCCCACCCCACUGUGCUCACCAAAUAUUUUGAGAGUUAAAAUUUGGUGUAAUGAUGUACUUCAUUCUGUCUGAAAAAGCAAACUAAUGUCGUCUAACAUUCUCAGAUGUGUUUUUUCUACGCUUAGUUUUCCUUUGAUGUUAAUCUACUUUUCUUUUACAGGCAGCCUGAAGAAGCAUUUUGUCCAUCCAGUGAGGCGCUGGAAUGAAAACGUCUGAAAUUUCAUUUAUGUUUCACUUAAAUUAAUUCACAAUGGCUAGUAUGUUAAACAAUUAUUCAUUUCAGUACUUGAUUUAGGAAUUACCCAUAAGAAAAGACUGUAGCACAGACUGUAUGUUGGGAUAAUUGGAAAGCUGAGCAUAUUUUCCUAAGUGUUGUGUUUAUUGAAACUUAAAGCUACUGUGAGAAGUUUUUCCAGCAUUUGUGAAAUAUAUUUAAUUCAUUUUGACGCUUUUUCUUAUGAUAUCCAAAUGAGACUAUCAGCGACGUGACAAAUGAUUGAAACCAGAGUGAGGAGGUAGGCUUCAGUAUUUCUGCAUCAAAUAUUCACAAUAAUUGACACAUUGGACUGUCAGGGGGGGGGGGGGGGGGGGGGGGGGGGGUGUAUAAAAACACUGAAUAGGCAUUAAGGGAACAUAAUAAGCAAAGACUGCUUUGACCACAGGGGAUGCAAAAGUUAGCCUAAACCAAAAGUUCUGAACAGGAGCUUUAAAAAAAAUGUAUGGUUUUUAAGUUUUGUUUGUUAAAGUGCAUAUUAGACCAUGAGAGUCACGCAAUAUUAGUACACUCAGUUUUUGUAGUGUUUUGAUUUGAGAUUGAAUAAAUAAGACAAAAUUUAUGAGUAUUACAAAUGUGUGUACAUGUGUAUCUGGGUGUGUGUGUGUGUGUGUAUUUCAAAAGUGUUUUGGGUGUUAGAGCAGUGCCCUUCCUGAAAGGAAGUUACUGCAAAAGUGAUAUUACCACAUUUGAUACUGACUCAUUGGCAAAGGGACAAACAGAAUUUUGCCAUCAGUCAUCAGCACUGCAGAGUAAAUAGUGCCACAAGACUGAGUGACUGAGUUUGGAUCAAAUGGUGGGAAACUUGACGUGUCAGUGUAAGUUGUACAUUCAGUUCUGCAUGACUAUAUUUUGCACAUUCAUGCUCAGACAAUUAGGAAGAAAACAAACAUUUUUUUUAUAUUACAGAUGUUCCAAGAAUCCACCAAACUAAGCCUGAGGGAAGUGAUGCUGACAGCUUUACUCAUUUUACUCUCCCAAGGUCAGUCUGCACUUCUACAUCUUUUUCUUUUCAUGCUUUUUUUGGUGCAAUUUUGUUUCAUUUUAUGUAUAUUCCUGAAUGUAGACCUGAGCAGCAGAGGACGAGCACAGGCAUGGAGCUACGGCUACAGCAGCAGUCCAAUCUACAAAUGGCUUGAGGCCCGUCAGUGGUGCCAGCAGCACUUCACAGACAUGGUGUUCAUCAGGAACCAGGAGGAGAAUGACUACCUCAGGGACCUGCUGCCAGCUAACAAAAGACAUUACUGGUUAGGUAUUCAAAAAGUAGAAGGAAGGUGGAUUUGGGUUCAGUCCAAUCAAACAAUACCCCCAGAAGCUCAAAUUUGGGCACAAAAUGAGCCAGAUCAGGAGAGGGGCCAAAACUGUGUGGAGAUUUACAUACAGAGGAAGAGUGAAUCAGGCAAGUGGAACAACGAGGGCUGCCACAGGAAGAAAGGAGCUGUCUGUUACACAGGUUAGCGCUUGCUUUUUGGCUGAUGGUCUACUGACUCAUGACCUUUUAGUCUUAUUUUAGCAUUUCUUUUUAUGUCUGUAGCGUCUUGCAAACAAAAUUCAUGCAGUGUCCAUGGAGACUGUGUGGAGACCAUUGGGAACUACACCUGCAAGUGCCAUCCUGGUUUCCAGGGGCCAGGCUGUGAAGAGGGUGAGCAGAAAUUGUCAGAGUGUACACAAACUAGUUAUGACUUCUUUUUCUGAGAGGUUAAAACAUGUCCUUCUUAAUUUUUUUUUUUUCUAGCAAUUGAAUGCAAACCCUUGUCGGAUCCAGAACAUGGUUUUCGCUCCUGUAUCGAUCCCUAUGGGCCUGGGCGUUUCAACUCCUCCUGCCGUUUCCAAUGUGACCUUGGCUUCCAGUUAGUGGGAGUUCCCCAAUUGCAGUGCCAAGCCAGCGGUCAAUGGCACCACCCUGUUCCUCUGUGCCAAGGUAUCACAACUAGAUAUAAAAAAGAAAACAAAUACGAAUGGAAAUGCAUCAAAAAUAAUAUUUCUUGCUGUGUGUUUCAGCUAAACAAUGUCUAGCUCUGGAUGACACCAACAUCACCACAGGUAGAGUGAACUGCAGUAACCCUAUAGCUCCUCACAGCUACAACUCCACCUGCAAAUUUAGGUGUAAUGAAGGCUUUGAGAUCAAGGGACAGGACCAGAUACGAUGUGACCACAUGGGCAAGUGGACAGCCAGUGUCCCAUCAUGCACAGGUAACAUACCUGUCGUACUUUUGGAACACAGUGUCAAACAGAGUUAUUAUCUUGACCUAAUUAAUAAAUGGUGAUUAAAAUUUUGUUUUUGUAAAGCUGUACCCUUCAUUACUAGAUUUAACACCACCUGGUACUAAUACUUAGCUACCCAUUGUGUAGUCAUAUCCUGUCUAGACAGUAAAGCAGAUUAGACUUAGGUCACAUAUGUUAACACUUCACUUCACACUCUUUUACACUGAUGCUUCAAAAACAUCAUUGUAAUUUAGAGUGGGUAGUCUGUUACCGUUUCCUGUGACUGUCAAAUAUGUCAGCAUGCUUAUUCAUACUCCCAUUUCAUGUUUAUGGUAUGUUUAUAAAAGUGAAGUCAUAGUAUGCAGACAUGACAGUAGAGUACUGAUUUACAAGUGUGAUUGAUAUCUGUGUCUCACACAGUGAAAAAAUGCCCGCAAAUUUUGUUUCCUGCUACGGGCAACAUGACAUGUACGGACACUCUGGGGCCAUUCACCUUCAGCUCAAGGUGUAACUUCACCUGUCGGAAAGGCUACAGCCUGGCGGGAGACAACACACUCACCUGUCUGGCUUCAGGAAAAUGGAGCAAACCUGUACCUUCAUGCAAAGGUGGGUCACAGAACUAAUGACAGGUCUACUUUAACAUAAGCUUUUUGGAAGUACACUGCUUCAUGUGAUAAUUAUUUCUUUACUUCUGCAGUGAAGCAAUGCAACAGUCUGAAGGAUCCACCGCAUGCCUCCAUGCAAUGCCAACACCCUUUGGGAGUGUUCAGCUACAGUUCAAUAUGCAGCAUAAAAUGUAACAAAGGAUUUCACUUGAUCGGCACAAAUGUGACAAAAUGUUCUUCACAAGGGAACUGGAGUCAUGAACUUCCUGUUUGCAAAGGUAUUAACACAACUGACUCGAUCUAGGGGUAAACCACGACUUACUAUCCUGCAGGAAUUACUUUUUGCAAUUCAAAAGUGCAAUUCAACUUGUGAUGAGGGCUUUCUUUUAAAUGGGGCAGCAGAUACUGAGUGUAGCUCCUCAGGCAUAUGGACCGCAGUCAUUCCAAACUGCACAGGUAAAAAGGAUCUGUAGGAAAAGUUUUCGUAAAUGAAUAUUGAAUAUUUUUGCAGGGUCUGUUAGCAGCAUUGCAUCUUGUAGAUGUUCCCUGCACACCUUGCCUUCAAAUUUGGUACUUUUUACUUGUUUACUUUCCAGCUUAUUUUCAUGGUGUUGAUGGUAUAAUUUUACUGUUUUUGCCAAGAUAAGCUUGGGGGAGGACUUUGACCUUGACAUAAGUGUUUGCUUAGCAUGUACCUGGCAUGCCUGUCUUUUUAUAACUCUUUGUUUUAGUCCAACGGGUUAUUUGGUACCAAGGCGAUGCUCAUUUUGUUGUGUUUUAUCCACAGCACGCCCAUGCCCCCUACUGGCGGAGGCUCUACAGCAUGGGAUGAUGAAUUGCAGUCAUCUGUACUCACCUUACAGUUUUGGCUCCCUUUGUGACUUCCAAUGCAAUGAAGGGUUCAGACUUAGAGGAAAUCAGACUCUGACAUGCCAAACGUCAGGUCACUGGAGUCAGAAUCCCCCCAGCUGCCAACGUGAGUCUCCACCAUAGAAACAAAUCACAGUCAUAUCCUACACUGCUCUGAUCAAAUAAUUAAACUUUUGAUCUUUUCACAUUCUAGCUGUACAUUGCGGCGCAGUUCAUCCUCUGUCAUCAACCCUGUUGAUGAACUGCUCACAUCCUCUGGACAACUACAGUUUUGGCUCUCAGUGUUAUUUUACCUGUAAAGAGGGAUACUCUCUGAAUGGUACAGAGGAGCUGUUCUGCUCCGCCAGUGGGUUUUGGAAUGACAGCCCACCACGCUGCAUGGGUAAAUAGAUGUUUAAAAUAUAUAAUAUAAUCAUCAUAACAAGAAUGUGAAGAUUGAUAUGUUUGUUAUCUAAAUUUAGAAUAUUGGCAUACUUAAACUUAGUAUUUAGCUGAAAUUAAACACUAAAAAUACUGAGAUUUAUUGGAAUGCAUUUUAUUUUAUUUCAUUUUAUUUUAUUUUUAUUAUUUUUUUACAAAGUAUUUCAUCAAACUGUUGGGACAUUAAAAUUUCUUCCUGAAGGGGGUGCUAGUAAGUAAGGUAGUAUUCAAAUUAAUAAGAAUACAUCUUCAAAGGGAUGUGGAUGCUAACAGUUAUGUACAUGUUAAUUGUGCCCUGUCUCCCAUACCUUAUAUUUCAAAUAAUAUUUGAAUAUUUUUGUAGGGUCUCUUAGCAGCAUUGCAUUUUGUAGAUGUUCCCUGCACACCUUGCCUUUAAAUUUGGUACUUCUUACUUUUUUACUUUCCAGCUAAAAGAUGUCCCUCCCUGAGCUCUCCCUCUCAUGGUUUCUCUUCUUGCUCUGGUCCUCAUGGAAAGUUCAAUUUUGGCUCCCAGUGCACAUCAACCUGUGACAAGGGCUUCAUUCUUAAUGGGACUGCAAAGACAGAGUGCACCUCCUUGGGCAGGUGGAGCACCGAUAUGCCACACUGCUUAGGUAUUAUAUUUGCCUUUAUCAUGCAAAAUGAAUAAAAAUUCAUAGAGGAACCUUUGAUUUAAAGAUUUAGAUGUCAAGAUUGUAACACUUCAUCUUGAUAUCUCUUAAACAUUCUUGUCUCUUUCUCCUGCCUUUUAGCUAACAAGUGUCCCACUCUGACUUACAUCUCUUUGUUUUUAGUCCAGCGGGUUAUUUGGUACCAAGACGAUGCUCAUUUUGUUGUAUUUUAUCCACAGCACGCCCAUGCCCCCUACUGGCCGAGGCUCCACAGCAUGGGAUGAUGAAUUGCAGUCAUCUGUACUCACCUUACAGUUUUGGCUCCAUUUGUGACUUCCAAUGCAAUGAGGGGUUCAGACUUAGAGGAAAUCAGACUCUGACAUGCCAAACGUCAGGUCACUGGAGUCAGAAUCCCCCCAGCUGCCAACGUGAGUGUCCACCAUAGAUACAAAUCACAGUCAUAUCCUACACUGCUCUCAUCAAAUAAUUAGACUUUUGAUCUUUUCACAUUCUAGCUGUACAUUGUGGCGCAGUUCACCCUCUGUCAUCAACCCUGUUGAUGAACUGCUCACAUCCUCUGGGCAACUACAGUUUUGGCUCUCAGUGUUAUUUUACCUGUAAAGAGGGAUACUCUCUGAAUGGUACAGAGGAGCUGUUCUGCUCCGCCAGUGGGUUUUGGAAUGACAGCCCACCACGCUGCAUGGGUAAAUAGAUGUUUAAAUUAUAUAAUAUAAUCAGCAUAACAAGAAUGUGAAGAUUAAAAUGUUUGUUAUUUAAAUAUAGAAUAUAAGCAUACUUAAACUUAGUAUUUAGCUAAAAUUAAACACUAAAAAUACUGAGAUUUAUUGGAAUGCAUUUUAUUUUAUUUAUUUAUUUAUUAAUUUAGUAAGUAUUAAGUAAGUAUUUCAUCAAAAUGUUGGGAUAUUAAAAUUUCUCCUGAAGGGGGAGCUAGUAAGUCAGGUAGUAUUCAAAUGAAUAAGAAUACAUCCUCAAAGGGAUGUGGAUGCUAAUAGUUAUGUACAUGUUAAUUGUGCCCUGUAUCCCAUACCUUAUAUUCACCAACAACACAAUAUUACAGCAACAUUGUGGCAUUGGAUGAAUAAGUACUGGUGUAGCCUUAGCUACAAGGAUACAUCCUCAAAAAAAUAUGAAUUUCUGUGCAAAAUUUCAAAGUAUUUUGCUCAGACGGUUGACUUGACAGCUUUGGAGGAAGUCAUAAUUGGGAUUUUAUGUGUUCCAGUGGAAGGUUUACCACUUGGGACUGCCCUGCUGAUGUACACAGGUAUCGGCGCAGCCUCUGCUGCCGUGCCUCUUCUUCUGAUCGGACUGGCGUUCUUAAUAGUGACACAGUUGAAGAAAAAAGGUGAGACUUUCUGUAAUUUUCUUCGUAGUAGUACACAAAUACAAAUGACAAUUUUGUGGCACUCAUAAUUUAUUUUUAAUGUGAUUUCUGAUCUUUGCAGAAGAUUCAAUUGUGUCUGAUGCACCAGCAUGGGGAGACAGAGAGAAUCCGGCAUUUGAGUUUUGA